AGACGACAGCCGCAACCUCAACAGAAGCAGCAAACAAACAACAGAAGUGGUGGGGGCGGUAGUAGUCAGAAUAGUAUCAACAGCAGCAAUAGUGCUACUUGCAAGUGGGUUGCUACUGCUGCUUGCAGUCGUUCUCUUUCGGAUGGGAGUUUUGUAACGGUUAGUUCUUCCCAUUCCACGGAACGCAUUACAAGUGCACCUGACCUGACCACCCCUAAUAUCUCUUCUGCCCCGCAGAGAGAAUGGAUUUGUUCAGGGAGGGCCAUUGCCAAUGGCGAAACGCUAAAGAGUGGCUCGGAGGAGGUGGCGACAUCAAGCCAAGGGGCGAGUCUCAGCCGUCCACGCAACACACACAGCACAAGUGAUAGGAGCGGCCUGGCCACAACGCAAAUUGGAAAUUUUAUAGGCUUCUCACCGCCUAUUCUUUGCCCUAAUGACGCCAAUGACAAUGCGGAAGAGAAUGAGGUUGAUGAGAGGGAGGCAGAUUGCGUUGUACAGCUGCGCUUUGACGAUGGUCUUCUGUCCCUUUCGCAGCUCUCAGCCGCGUCGGCAAGCACGGUUGAUGCGGCAGAGAAUUUAUAG